ACACUGUGUGUGAACGCGCCUUUUGAAUUCACGUUGUGGUGGUUGUAAAUGGCGGAUUGAUUGUGAUUGUUUGAUGAAAUAAUUCAAGUUGCUGAUGCUUGACGAUCAUACACAGGAGCUCAAAAGUUAGAUAAUUAUUUACCGUUUGAACUAAGUAGCAGAAUGUCGGACACAAGUGAUCUGGAUCGUCAAAUUGAGCAGCUGAAGAGAUGUGAGAUUAUAAUGGAAGCCGAGGUUAAGGCUUUAUGUGCAAAGGCUCGUGAAAUUCUCGUCGAAGAAAGCAAUGUACAGCGCGUGGAUUCCCCUGUGACGGUGUGCGGUGACAUUCAUGGCCAGUUCUACGACUUGAAAGAACUGUUCAAAGUUGGCGGAGAUGUUCCUGAAACCAAUUACUUAUUUAUGGGAGACUUUGUAGACCGAGGCUUCUAUUCUGUGGAGACUUUCUUACUAUUAUUGGCAUUGAAAGUACGUUAUCCAGACAGAAUCACAUUAAUCCGUGGCAAUCACGAAUCAAGACAAAUUACACAGGUUUAUGGUUUUUACGAUGAAUGUCUCAGAAAAUAUGGAUCAAUCACAGUUUGGAGGUACUGCACAGAAAUAUUUGACUAUCUGUCCUUGUCUGCGAUCAUUGACGGGCGGAUAUUCUGCGUGCACGGGGGGCUCAGCCCCUCGAUACAGACGCUAGACCAGAUCCGCACCAUCGAUCGCAAACAGGAGGUGCCACACGACGGGCCUAUGUGCGACCUGCUUUGGAGUGACCCUGAAGACACACAAGGCUGGGGCGUGUCCCCCAGAGGCGCGGGCUACUUAUUCGGAUCCGACGUGGUAGCCCAAUUCAACGUGUCCAACGAUAUCGACAUGAUAUGCCGGGCCCAUCAGCUAGUUAUGGAGGGCUACAAGUGGCACUUCAACGAGACCGUCCUCACUGUGUGGUCUGCCCCCAACUAUUGCUACAGAUGCGGCAACGUAGCUGCGAUAUUAGAACUGAACGAAAACCUCCAACGCGAGUUCACGAUAUUUGAAGCCGCGCCGCAGGAGUCUCGAGGCGUGCCUUCCAAAAAACCGCAGGCCGAUUACUUCUUAUAAUGUUCCGUACAAUAGACGAACCGACCGUAGCCAGCCGGCCGCGGGCAAAAGCGAAACUGUGAGGUUUACCUCAGUGUUCAAGCCCAUAUCAUUCGCGCCAAAACAUUUACGAAUUGCCAACCUUCAAAUCUAGUGUCAACUCCAAACUGCUGCUGGUGGUAGUGAUUGGUGUGGAUCUAAAGUUAAAUAGUGUGCUACUCCUGCUAUGGUUAUAAGGGCUAAUUCACCCUGACAUAGCCUAAAAGUUGAUUGAUAAGGUUAAAGUUGAUUGAUAAGGUUAAAGUGGCGGCAAGUGGACCAAAAUUCGUUUAAAUCAAUAAAAAUUUGAAAUCAAUAGAAGACACAUUCUCACUAAGCUUGCAUAGAAUCAUUACAAAUAUUGUGCAACCCGUGGCUUAGUGAGGAAUAUUAAACUGCCCCUAUUGUUCCCUUGGAUUGAGUUCAACUUUCUUGGGUUAUGAUGUGUCCUCAUUACCUCUCCUGAGUUGUGUACAAGCGCCCUUGCGUCCCACUGGGCUAUCUAAAACCGCCCUCGGGCCCUACUGGGCCGGGCCUAUCUAAAACCGUUAUCGGUUGCCAUUCCCAUUCGGCUGCGUUUUGCGUCUAGCUAGGCUAGGCUGUGUAAAAGCGACUACGGGCACGCCUCGGCUGUGCAAAAACGCCUUCGUGCUCUGUUGAGCUGUUUACAAGCGCCCUGUGCGCCCUGAGAUGUGUACAAGCGCCCUCACGUCCUACUAGGCGCUUAAUCAAAAGCGCUUUCGCGCCCCAUUGCGCUGCGUAUAAACGCUUUCGCACCUACCCUGGUGUAAAAGCGCCCUUGUUCGCCAGUGGGUUGUGUACAAGCGCCCUUUUUUCUGUGUGUAAGCCCCCCGCGCGGCCGGCUAAAGUAUUACGGUUAUUGUAGUGACAAAACAUUUCAAUGUGGAAAUAUUUUUAUUGUGAUUUUAAGACUGCUAAGUGUAACGAGGAAUGCGUUUGAGUGUGUACGACACAAAGUUCCAAUAGUAUGAUCUUCGAAGAUGAAAUACAAGGAAUGGUUUUGUACAACAACGCCCAUCUCAUAGGUGGUAAUAUACACGACACUGAUGCCAAAAAAAGAUUUUAAAUUUUCAUGGAAAAUCCAUGAAAUAAGGAAAAUGGUAUGGGCCCGCGGCGGUGGUGCGCAGUGCCGUAACUAGGGCGGUGCCAGCGGUGCCCAGGCACAGGGCGCAGACCCUGGAGGGGCGCAGAAAUGACCAGACCAGUAUCUAGUUUUGUUUCAUGCAUGGUAGUUAGUAGGUACAUUUUGUUUUAUUGCGAAUAUGGUAUAGACGCGCCCUCUGUACUAUCUAUAUCUAUAUGGCAUUUUUCAAACGAUCUUGAAACAACAACACUUGUAAAGGUGGUUUUAUAUUUGUCUGAUGUGUCGUGACGUGACGACGCGUCAGAACGGUAUAGCCGCAGUGUUGC